AUGCCCUCACGAGACGCCUCCAACUCCCUCGCCCUUCCUCAGGGGAAGGCAGUGGUCACUUUGCGAUAUUGCGUCAUCACUCUAUGGGUCCUCGUUCCCUUCCGAUUUGUAUUACUAAUGGAGGUAACUAGCGGUUGGAGGAUCCUAGACCUUAUUGGUAUCCUCUUGUUGAGUAUUAUCGGUACGGUACUCCUUCGAGAGGAUCCUGUGAUGAGGCCCUUCUCAGAACGCCUAUUGGCAUGCUUAGGCGAGUCCUGUGGUCCCGGCGGCAGUAUGUGUCUGAUGCCCUUUGGGAUGAUAUGUGGUAUUAGCUGCAUCUUCGACCUGUUAACCUUCAUCACUGUCCUCACCAAGACGAUCUCCUACUCCUUCACUGGCAUGCCUCUAUUCGCCACUCUGGUCUUUGGCAUCAGCGUCAUCACGGAGUUAUUCAUCAUUCUAGGUCUCGCUUUACUCAUUCACUCCACUACUUUUCGCUCUAAAUAUCCAGUCAUGAAUUAG